AAUAUAUUCAUGGCAUUGUUUUAAGUGUAGAGAGAAUGACAAAUGUCAAGCAAAGAGGGAAGAAGGUCCAAAGGAGAAGAUUAGAGAGAAGGUUGCUAGCAUUUCUCUUUUUAUUUUUGGUUCGACAAAAUGUAAUCAAAUCUGGAACUUUGUAUAAUAGUAGUAGUUAGAAGUUAGUGGUAGGCAUAAAACAAUGACCAUUCCUUGUUUCAUGUUCAUUGGAAUUUAUCUGUCCGUCUCUUUCUUCACAACCUUAAAUGCAGCUGAUGCCAUAACUCAAUCCCAAAACCUUAGAGAUGGCAAAACCUUGGUUUCCAAACAUGGCAGCUUUCAGUUGGGUUUUUUCAGUCCAACAGCUGGUGACACCAAGAACCGCUUCUUGGGGAUUUGGUGCAAGAAUUCAUCAGUCUCAUCAGCCACAACUGUUACUUGGGUUGCAAAUCAGCACAACCCCAUCAAUGGUUCAUCAGGCGUUCUGAUGAUCAGCAGCUCCGGAAAUGUUGUCCUUCUAAGUCAAAAUAGCACUGUUGUUUGGUCAAUAGCUUUGUCCAAGCAACCCCGGAAUCCCAUUUUGCAGCUCUUGGAUUCUGGCAAUCUUGUCCUAAGAGAAGCCGGAGAUGAGAAUUCAAGGAACUACUUGUGGCAAAUCUUGCAGUGGGACGAAAAGUCCGGUCUUCACCGGAGUCUAUUGGCUUCAAGUUCAAGGGACAUCUGUGACAAUUAUGGCCGUUGUGGCCCCUAUGGAAUGUGUGACAUUAGCAACCCAGAAGUUUGCAGCUGUUUAAAAGGGUUUCAACCCAAAGAUCCUGGAAAUUGGAACUAUGCAGACAACUCAGGAGGUUGUGAGCGUAUUACACCAUUCGUGUGCCAAAAUGGAGAUGGGUUUAUCAAAUAUGGUGGGGUGAAGCUGCCAGAUACAACACAUUCUUGGGUCAACCAAAGUAUGAGCCUCAAAGAAUGCAGGGCAAGUUGCUUGAACAACUGUUCUUGUACGGCUUAUGCAAUCUCUAAUGUCAAAGGAGGCAGUAGCUGCACUAUCUGGUUUGGUGAUCUUAUCAGCCUUAGGAAGCUUCCUGAUGAAGGGCAGGAUCUAUAUGUUCGAAUGCCUGCUUCGGAAUCAGACACAGACCGUCCUAAGACGAAGAUAAUAGUGAUAGCUAUAGCCGCAGUAUCCAUUGUUUCCGGGACGUUCUUAGCUGUCUAUUGUAUUCACAGAAGGAGGAGAAAGCUCAAAGAGAAACUGCGGAAAGAUGGAAUGAUGGGUCAGAACAAUGAAGGACAGAAGGAAGACCUGGAGCUACCAUCCUUUAGCUUGCCAACAUUAAUCACAGCCACUGAUAACUUUUCGUUCAACAUGAAGCUUGGAGAAGGUGGUUUUGGAUCCGUGUACAAGGGUAGACUAGUAGAUGGGCAAGAGAUUGCGGUGAAGAGGCUCUCCCAAAGUUCUAGGCAAGGAAUCGCCGAAUUCAAAAAUGAAGUUAUACUAAUAGCCAAGCUUCAGCACCGAAAUCUUGUAAAGCUUCUUGGCUACUGCAUUCAGGGAGAAGAAAGAUUGCUCAUUUAUGAAUAUAUGCCCAACAAAAGCUUGGACUUCUACAUUUUUGAUCAAACUCAAGGUAGACUGUUAGAUUGGUCUCAACGCUUCCACAUUAUCUGUGGGAUUGCUAGGGGUCUUCUCUAUCUGCAUCAAGAUUCCAGACUGAGGAUUAUUCAUAGAGAUCUUAAAGCAAGCAAUGUGUUACUUGAUAAAGAGAUGAACCCAAAAAUCUCAGACUUUGGCAUGGCUAGAAUAUUUGGAGGAGAUCAGACAGAAGGAGUUACAAAGAAAGUUGUUGGAACCUAUGGUUAUAUGGCACCAGAAUACGCCAUUGAUGGUCAAUUCUCCGUAAAAUCCGAUGUUUUUAGCUUUGGUGUUUUAUUGUUGGAGACACUAAGUGGAAAGAGAAGUAGAGGGUUUUAUGAUCGAAAUCAGAACCUCAACCUCAUUGGACAUGCAUGGCGAUUAUGGAAAGAGGGAAGGUCCUUAGAGAUGAUUGAUAAAUGCUUAAGUGAUUCAUGCACUCUCUCGGAAGUCUUGCGUUGCGUACAUGUUAGUCUUUUAUGUGUGCAACAGCUUCCUGAAGACAGGCCAACCAUGUCAACUGUGGUUCUGAUGUUAGGUGGUGAGAGCGCCUUGCCUCAACCCAAAAAGCCAGCUUUCUUUUUAGGAAAACAUCCAUCCUCUGAAGCAGGUUCUUCUUCAAGUAAGAACCAAACGUCUUCAAUUUUCGGUGUGAGAAACGAAACAUCUUCAACUAAUGAAUCUUCGAUAACAGUAUUGGAGCCUCGAUAAGAUUCGCUAAUUGUACAUCUAGUACCAUGCUAAUUUUGUUUGAUCUGAAGGAACUAUCUGAUUUAUACAAGGUAUUAUUCAAUUCAUAUACUCAUUUUGUACUCCAUAAGUAUAAACAAAGAAUUUGAACUCAAAGUAACAAUGUAACCUGAUGUUCAAACAGGCAGCCUGAUUUUUUGUUGACAGACAGGUUCAAGAUAGAAAGAUGGGAAUUCAGGGCAUGUUUGGUAGGCCUCACUGAAUUGGACUGGAUUAAUUAGUACUUAAAACCCAUGUUUGGUUAAAGGAGGGACUAACUUAAAUGAGAUUAUAUAGUCCAACAGUACAAAAAAUGCCUCACUCGCUGGUCCAAUCUAGCGAACCUGAAACUUGGUUCGCAAAAUAAUGAGCUUGCUAAACAUAACACGCGAGUCCGAGCCAACGCCUCUCUCUCUCUCGUUUCCUUCAACAUCGACUCUGCUCUUCUUCGAAGUUGUACUCAGGCAAGUUUUUUUAUCUCCCCCUUUACAUACCUCCCUUCACUCUGUCUGCAAAACCCUGUAGCUCUCCACUCUCAUUCUCUUCCAAUUCCCUUUCGUCUUUUAACUCGGAAAAUGAAAACGGAGAUGCCUUAGAAGAUGCGUAGUUCGAGAGCAGCAGUGCGUCUUCUUCUCAAGGUAGUCUCUGAAAGAUAUGCUCUAAGGCCACACUUUGAACUGUGGCAGACGUAUAUUAUUUAUAGGAGCCAAUUACAAGAUGUGAUAAUUACACAGAGUCAGAAUAGAAGUCUAACUCUAUCGAGAUAAGCAACAGAGAUUUACAAGGAAUUAUUAUGUGAUAAUGACAAAUAAUCUAAGUGUUUGUCUUCGACUGGGUUUCUCCUUCAGUCUCCAACAAGAGCAACGCUUGUUAUCCAUUUUACCGCAUCAUUCUGGUAAUGGCCAAAGAAGAAGAAAGGGAUCAAUAAGAUCCCAAUUGUGUUUUGGGGGUUUUGGUGUUUUUUAAUUUUAAUUUUGUGGUGUGGUAAUUGGUUUGUGAAAAGUUGUGGUGUGGGGCUAAUUGGGUUUAUUCUGUUGUUCUCUUUGGAAAUUUGGAAAGAAAGACA